CGAUAUUAAACUUUGUUAGCUGCAACUGUAACUGUCAUUUCUCAAAACCUCGAUCGGCAUUUGUUGACCAUUUGAUUUUCAGCAAAAAUAAAGGUUCAAAAUGGCUGAUGUGGAUGAUUGGGGUUUAAGUGCAGAUUUGCAAGAAAAAAGCAUUGCUAAUUUAGUUACGAACCUAAAUAUACAGGAACCUAUACCACCACCAGUGCCUUCUUCUAAUCAUGUUUCCUCAAAUUCAAGUACUAAUGCUUCAGUGCCUGAUGAUGGUGGUGAAAAUGAUAAGGAUGAAGAAGAAGAACCAGAAUUAAAUGCAGCAGAAAUCUCUCUUAUGAAAAAACUUGUACGAUCCCACUUGAUUGAGGUAUCCCAUGAUGUAGAUAUUCAGAGUAAUCCAAAUUCCCCUUUAUAUUCUGUGAAAUCUUUUGAUGAACUCAAUUUGCGACCCGAGCUCCUGAAGGGUGUGUAUGAUAUGGGAUUCACUUCCCCUUCUAAGAUACAAGAAACUGUUUUACCAACUCUCAUAGCAGAUCCUCCUCAAAACAUGAUUGCCCAAUCUCAAAGUGGUACGGGGAAAACCGCAGCUUUCACCUUAGCAUCUCUAAGCAGAGUCGAUACCAACCUGAAAUAUCCUCACGUCCUUAUUUUAUCUCCAACAUAUGAAUUGGCUAUGCAAACGGGGAAUGUUGCCAAGCAGAUUGCCAAGUUUUGUCCGAGCAUCGAAUUCUGUUUUGCUGUGCGCGGUGAACAUCUAGAAAGAGGUGAAAAAAUCACUGCCCAGUUUCUGAUCGGAACGCCGGGAAAAGUGUUUGACUGGGCCAUGAAAUUCAGAUUCUUUGACUUGAAGAAGAUCAAAGUGUUUGUUCUGGAUGAGGCGGACGUCAUGAUUUCGACGCAAGGUUAUCAAGAUCAGAGCAUACGUAUUCACAAGCAGCUUCCAAAAACCUGUCAAAUGAUGCUUUUUUCCGCCACUUAUUCCGAAGAAGUCAUGCAGUUUGCCGAACUAAUUGUGAAUGAUCCAAUCAUAAUCAAAUUGAAAAGGGAAGAAGAAAGUUUAGAAAACAUAAAACAAUAUUAUAUUGUUUGCAAAAAUCAAGGUGAAAAAUUUGAUGCACUUUGUAACAUAUAUGGCACUAUUGCUAUAGGUCAAGCAAUUAUAUUUUGCCAUACAAAAAAAACUGCUUCAUGGCUUUCUGAAAAGAUGGCUAAAGAUGGACAUGCAGUGGCUCUCCUCUCAGGAGAUUUGACAGUAGAACAAAGAAUUGCUGUUCUUAAUAGAUUUAGAGAAGGAAAAGAAAAGGUUUUGAUUACAACCAACGUCUGUGCUCGAGGUAUUGACAUUGAACAAGUGACAGUUGUGAUCAAUUUUGAUUUACCAAUGAAUCAAAACAUGGAAGCAGAUUUUGAAACUUACCUCCAUAGAAUAGGACGAACUGGGCGUUUUGGAAAAUCUGGACUAGCAAUCAAUAUGAUAGAUGGUAACAGAUCAAUGAGCAUUCUCAAAGAUAUAGAAAAACACUUUGGCCGAAAAAUUGCGAAGGUUGAUGCAAAUGAAAUCGAAGAUUUGGAAGAAAUGGGAAAAAGAUAAAUAUAAAUAGAUUACUGGAAAUAUAAGUGACAAUAUGACCAACUGUUAUUUAAAUAGAAAUAUUUAUCUUGAAUUAUUAAUCUAUCGCCUCUAUUCAAAAACAAUUUUAGCUAAAUUGUUGUUUAUUUUAGCCAUUUUAAGACUUUUUGGAUUACUGUGAAUUUUUGCAUUCCUGUUUCAAUCAAGUUUUAAUUGUAAAAAAAAAAUGUAACAGCUAGUAACUCUUGACCUGAUUUUUUAAAAUGAAAAGUCAUCAUUGUUUAAAAUGACGUAAUAAAGCUUUAAGCUUAUUAAAAUUUAAGUUGUGUAUAUUUUUUAUUGAUUGAAAAUCACGAAUAGUUUUGUGCAUCAGUCUUUAUGCACAGUUGUACUGAACUUGUGUAUUUGUACAUUAUCUUUUAGGUAAUAAAAUCUUACUUUUCAGCAAAAUAUAGAAAUUAUAAAAAUAACUUUAUUAAAGCACACAAAUAUUGAAAAAUUGUCACAUACAACUAUUUCUGGGUUACAGGAAAUAGUGGCUUAGUGAAGGGGACAGGGAUCAUAAACAUCCACCCAUGAAUACUAAAACUAAUAAGUACAGUCGAACCUCGAUAUCACGUCACCAUUGGGACUGUCAACUAAGUUAUAGCCGGAGUGACGUCAUAACUGGAAUGGUUUAAAAAUUCAUAAUUGAACAUUAGUUUAUAAUUUUCAGAUUUAAUAAUUGAUGUUUUAAUUAGAUUUAACUAAUGUAAAUUUUAAUUAUUGGUGAAUAAAACUAAAUUUGUAAACAAAAAAAAUACUUCACUUUCUUUUUCAAUUCUAAAAUACUUUACAAUAAGGGUUUGUUUGGCUUUUGAAUAACACUUUUAACACUCCUCCUUUCCACGAAGUUGAUUAUGAAUAAAGCCCACUUUUCGAAAGUGGAAAAAUGCUUUCUAAUUCUUUUUACCACUUUAAAGUUGUGUGUUCCUCUCCAAUUGUCAGACUCUGUAGCCUAUAGCGUUCAGAACUUAUCUACUCCCCUCCCACUCUUAAGGUGUCGUGCCUGGUCAAAUCUCUUGUUAGAGUCAAAAAUUCCUACAAUAAACUUUUCCAGAUGUUUUCAUUAUUUUAUUGAAAAUAUUUCAAUUGCAAAGAAAAAUUUGAUCCAGUCUGUGCAGCUUAAAGUGUCGUCGUAACCGGAGUUAUAUAAAAAAAAUAUAAAAAACUGUUAAAAUCCGGACCCACUUAAUAUUAAAAUUACAUGGCAUAAGUUUGAGACUUUGAAAAAAGUGACGUGACAUCUGAAGUGUUGCGAUAACGAGGUUUGACUGGAUAAGUAUCUUAAAAGUAAAUGCCUGCUGCCCCCUGAAGUCCUUUUUCAAUGCAGAAAAAGGGGACUGCUGCUUAGUAUUAAAAGCUCAUUACAUUUCUUGCAUUGAAAAAGAUUUCUCGCGACCCAGAAACCUUCUACAAUAAUUUUGUAAUAAUUGUUCUCUAAAAAUCCAUAUGUUUUUACCAAUUGCAUGAUUAAGAAUGAGUUUUUUUAGCUAUUUAUAUUUGUAAUUCAACUUACUAAUACAUUUUUUAAACCAUUCUUUUAUUUAUAUUAUAAACUUUAAAAUAUUGUUCAUUUGGUGGUAUUGAUUAUAAAAAUUUCAUAUUCUUAAAAAUUUAUUACUUAUCAUCAAUAAUUUUUAUUGAUUCUAGAAAUGGUCCACUUCAUCAAAAAUUUUCAUGCACUUUCAAAAUCAUUACCAUUUAUUACUUUGAUCUAUGUUUAAAACAAGCUGAAAAUAAAAAUAAAUCUAUUUAAUAAUUCUAUAAACAUUUUUAUUAAUGUACGUCAGCAAUCAACAGAAAUAUUUUGCUAUUUUUUGUAAUUAUUUAACUUAUAGAAAACUUGGAGAAAAAUCCAUUCACAGUUUACUAAGUCAUAUUGGAAAUCUAUAAAAUUUCAAAUACAAUUUUUACGAACAUAAAAUUUAAAAACCUUUCUUAUUGUUUGCAUUUGAAUUAUUUCUAUUACAUUUUGCAUACAUGAUUAUCUAGAGUUAAAUAUUUCAAUUAGUGAUGAAAUUAUGCAGCCAUUAUAGUAAUAAUAUAUUUCAAUGAAUGAAUUUUGGUAUAUAUUACAUUAUUUAUUUUGAUACUCAUUAGAAAUUUCACGUUAAUAUAAAUUAGCAUAUAACUUAGAUCAAUUUAAAGAUGUAAAUACUCUUUUUUUUUUACAGAUAAAAAUAUUUUUCAUUUGAAAAUAUUUAUCCAAUGAUGAUCACUCGUAUUGAAGUCUGAUGAAAACAUAUUUUCAGGGUUUAAUGAAAUUAAUCAUCUUUCAAAUAUUUAUAAUUUUGCUCCAAAUGAUAAAUAAAGAAAUGUUUGUUAAUUUUAGCACUGUACAACCAUACAUAGUUGAAAUUUGCAUUUGCUUUGAAUGUUUUUAGAAUAAUAAAAUAAC